UUCGUUUCGACGCGGAUGCCAUCUUCUUCUUAGCCCCCUCGCCCCCGCGCCACCACCACAGCCGCCCGCCCGCGCCGGUUGGAAAAAAGGGGGUUUCGCUCGUCCGGAGAAGGCAAGGCGCCCGCCCGGCCCCGCGAAUCGCAUGGUCGAAUCGCGCCGCGGGUGAUGGCGGAGGAACCAGCGGUCGGUGUCGAUGGCUUCGAGGCCGCCGGCGGCGCUGGCGCCGUCGGCGCGGAGGACAACCUGUCCAUGACCCUCGGCGACUUCAUGGCCUUCCUCGAGACUGAGCCCGCGCCGCCCGAGGAGGGCGGGGAGGAGGACGAGGAGCAGCAGCAGCAGCCUGGGGUCAAUCAAGGUUGUUUGGAGAUGCCUGCCAACACCAAUGGUUCUGAACAUUUAUUCCAAAGCCAAGAAGCAGAAAUGCUUGAGAAUGUAGAAUUUUGGUCAAACUACUCGCAACCCAAUGAAGGACAACAAACAAGUGAUCACACAGAGGCUGGCUCUUAUGGAUUCUCUAUCAAUGGUGAGGAAUGGAAAGAUCUACAGAACCAAUCCUGCUUGGAAAAUCAACAUUUUCCAAGGGAUACAUCAAACCAUGCUAAUUUUGAAGAAACAAGUGGUCCUCCUUAUGAAGAUCUCUCAAAUGGUUCAUACCUUGGACAGCAAACGAUGUACUCUGACCAAACAGAACUCCAAGUAGAGAACAACAUGGAAGACAUGGAGAUGCAAAUGAAUACUUAUUUUUCAGGUGGUAUAUCCACAGAGCAGUCAGCUUUGAGUGAAAUUCAAUGGGAGAGUACAGAUGAGAUGCUUGGUAAUACUGGUCAGGAUGGUGGUCAUUUCACUUUGAUGGGCAUGUUUUCUCUUACCCACAACACAGAUAUUCCUGAUAUUCCUUGCACUGAGUUGAACAUGGGUGAGACAACUGAAAGCAUUCGCAAUGCCAACAGCAGUUGCCUUACAAUGCAGGAAGAACAUCUGCAGGGGGAAUGUGGAGAGUAUCCUCAUCCAGAUUAUAUUUCUGUUGAUAUGGUUGGUGAAAGAUCUGUGCAUGAUUUGCCACAUGAUUUUUCACAAAACAAUGAGCAAUAUGAGAUGGAGCAGUUCCCACAGGAUAUAUGCGAAAGUGGUUCAAUGCAGAUGGGCUCUCCGGAUCAAUAUUGUGAUGAUACAUCUUUAUCAGAUAUUUACAUGGAUGUAUCCUCACCAGAGUCGAUAUCCUGUGAACAGAACCAGUCCGAAGAUGUUUGUUUCAAGAGUGAAUCUAGCACUGACUCUUCUCCAGUACCCUCUAGCAGAAACUCCACCACAGAGGAUGCUGAUAAAUACUUAGGUCACACAUCAAAACAGUUGCUGGACUCCAAGUUUAUCCCUUUCAACAACCAACAUCCGCUUAAGAAUGCGGGAUAUCAAAAACCUCCUGUAUUGCAUAAACAAUAUGAUUAUAGAAGGGACAACUAUUCUAUUCAGGGCAAUUCAUCAAGAGGUUCCUUCAGUAAAGAUGGCAGUGGGGCUUCUGAUUUGUGUAUAGUUGAGGGCAAUAGGAAUCUUGCUCCUGAUCAUCUAUUGCCAAUCCAGGGGAGGUUCCAUCAUAAUAUUCAGCAACCUAUGUAUGGUAAUCCCAUUCUUCCUACAUUUGGUGGGAUGAGAUACAAGCCACAUGAUGAAAGAAUCACUCUGAGGCUUGCAUUGCAGGAUAUUUCACAGCCAAAAUCUGAGGCUAAUCCACCUGAUGGGGUUUUAGCAGUUCCUUUGUUGAGGCAUCAGAAAAUUGCCUUGUCUUGGAUGGUACAAAAGGAGACAAGUAGCCCUCAUUGCUCUGGUGGAAUUCUUGCAGAUGAUCAGGGUCUGGGUAAAACUGUAUCAACCAUAUCACUGAUUCUAACAGAACGGCCACCAGUGCCACAGUCAUCUACUAUUAAGAAAGAGCCAUGUGAAGCUGUAACUCUAGAUGAUGAUGAUGAGGAUGAUUGUGCUGAACCUCAUUCAAAAAAGCAGAUGCAGACAUGUAACCCUGCAGUGACAAGUAACACAGUGAAGCAAGAAAAUCCUAUUGUAGCUGUUAAGACAAGGCCAGCUGCUGGUACUUUGGUUGUUUGCCCAACAAGUGUUCUGCGACAGUGGGCAGGAGAACUGAAGAACAAAGUUACAAGCAAAGCUAAUCUGUCAUUUUUAAUAUACCAUGGUAGCAACCGCACGAAGGAUCCUGAAGAGCUCACCAAAUAUGAUGUUGUGCUAACUACAUAUUCUAUAGUAAGCAUGGAAGUACCAAAACAAUCGAAUCCUGAUAGUGAUGAUGAAGAGAAGGGGAAGCCUGACAGAUAUGGUGCUCCUGUGUCCUCUUCAGGCAGCAAAAAGAGGAAGCCAUCUUCUAAGAAAACAAAAAAUAAAAGUGCUGCAGAGAGUAGCUUGCCUGAAAAACCUCUUGCAAAAGUUGCUUGGUUUAGGGUUGUUCUUGAUGAAGCACAAAGUAUUAAAAAUUACCGAACUCAGGUUGCCAGGGCUUGCUGGGGUUUGCGAGCCAAAAGAAGAUGGUGUUUGUCUGGGACGCCUAUACAGAAUGCCGUGGAGGAUCUCUAUAGCUAUUUUAGAUUUCUGAGAUACGACCCCUAUGCUGUGUACAAGCAAUUUUGCACUAUGAUAAAGAUUCCUAUCAGUAGGAACCCAACUAAUGGUUACAAGAAGCUUCAGGUUGUUUUGAAGACGGUAAUGCUACGCCGGACUAAAGCAACCAUGCUUGAUGGGAAACCAAUCAUAUCCUUACCGCCAAAGAACGUUUCACUUAAGACAGUGGACUUCACUAGUGAAGAGCGUAAUUUUUAUAACACUUUAGAAGUCGAAUCACGAGAACAGUUCAAGGAAUAUGCAGCUGCUGGUACUGUAAGGCAAAAUUAUGUCAACAUAUUAUUGAUGCUUUUACGGCUCAGACAGGCAUGUGAUCACCCUCACCUAGUUAGAGGUCAUGAGUCUACUUCUAACUGGAUGUCUUCGUUGGAGAUGGCAAAGAAACUUCCCAUGGAAAGGCAGCAAGAAUUACUUAUUUGCUUGCAAUCUUGUUCUGCAAUAUGUGCUCUCUGCAAUGAUGCACCAGAAGAUGCUGUUGUCACUAUAUGUGGUCAUGUUUUUUGCAACCAGUGCAUACUGGAGCAACUCACUGGCGAUGACAGCAUAUGCCCAGUGUCGAAUUGCAGAGUCCGACUAAAUACAACUUCACUGUUCUCCAGAAGCACCCUUGAAUGCUCUCUGAGUAGAUUAACCUGUGAUUUCAAGUCUAACAAUACCUGUAUGGAAAUGGUACAUGCUGAAAAGCGUCCUGGGAUUGAUUCAUCCUAUGCAUCUUCAAAAGUGAGAGCUGCACUAGAUAUACUUCUUUCAUUGCCCAAAAUAUGUCCCACCCAAAUGAAUGAUAGCAAAAAUUCAAUUGGGCUAGCCUCUGAAACGUCUGAUGGAAUGGGUUCUUCAGAACAAACUGACACCAAGUUGACGGAGAAGGCAAUUGUUUUUUCUCAAUGGACUAGAAUGCUAGACUUGCUUGAAGUUCAUCUGAAAGCUUCUCAUGUCAUGUAUCGAAGACUUGACGGUACAAUGUCUGUUGCUGCACGGGAUAAAGCUGUGAAAGACUUCAAUACAGUUCCAGAGGUCACUGUGAUGAUCAUGUCACUCAAAGCUGCAAGUCUUGGUUUGAACAUGGUUGCUGCCUGCCACGUGCUUAUGCUAGAUCUUUGGUGGAACCCAACCACAGAAGACCAAGCCGUGGAUAGAGCACACCGUAUUGGUCAGACGCGGCCUGUAACGGUAUCACGGUUAACUAUAAAAGACACUGUUGAAGAUCGUAUUCUGGCUCUCCAGGAGAAAAAGCGGGAGAUGGUUGCUUCUGCGUUUGGGGAAGACAGAUCUGGUUCCCGCCAGACUCGGUUGACCGUGGAAGACCUGAAUUAUCUGUUUAUGGUUUAGCAUCGCUCCUGAGAGUGAACAGUUUUGCUCAUUGGAUGGUGUAGACAGUGAUAGAUAAAAUCUCUCAAAACAAAUAACAAAUAGUUCUCAUCUAGGGGUUAUAAGUACCUGUAGUUUGUACAGUUGUAGAGAUUUUGUAGUUUUGAAGGAGGUGGCAUUGUGGCGGUUAGGUCAUCCUAUUCUUUUUGCGCGUAAAGCAGUAAGAUUACUGAACCAGGCGAAUUCUUCGGAUAGCUGCAGUAGUGCCUGGUGACUUAUAUCGUGAAGUUAUUGACAGUCAUCAGUUAACAUGAUAUCUGUACAUAACUUUAAUCGGCAUGUCUGACAUGUGGGCAUCAUCGUCUGCCAAUAGUUUGGUUGUAUGUGAUAAACUAUCGAAAAGAUUGAGCUGAGCUUGUCAUGUGUCUUGUUAUCAA